AUGCAACAUAUCUCAUUAUAUUGUUUGAAGUCUAGAGCCAUGGGGAGAAAGCACAAGUUCUUCCAUGGAACACUUGAAGCUACCAUCUUCCAUGCCACUCCUUACACUCCUUCAUUCCCCUUCAAUUGUAUGUUUCUGAAUGGAAAGGCUUGCUAUGUGACUAUCAAGAUAGACGACAAGAAGGUUGCGAAGACGAGCCAUGAAAGCGACCGUGUUUGGAACCAAACUUUCCAGAUCUUAUGUGCCCAUCUGAUUGAUUCAACUAUCACCAUUACUUUGAAGACAAAGUGCUCCAUCUUGGGGAGAAUCCAAAUCCAGGCUCAUCAGAUAGUACACGAAGCAAGUUUCAUUGACGGGUACUUCCCCCUACUCAUGGAAAAUGGAAGGCCCAAUCCAGAGCUCAAGCUCAGGUUCAUGUUAUGGUUUAGACCAGCAGAGUUUGAACCAACAUGGGGGAAUAUACUCUGGAAUGGUGACUUCCAGGGUGUAAAGAAUGCUACAUUUCCACAAAGAUCAGACUGCAGUGUCAUACUUUAUCAGGAUGCCCACCAUUGCUCUACUUUUCAACCGCCAUAUAGUCUCUGUAAGGCCCCUAGGAAGCUUUGGGAGGAUGUAUACAAAGCCAUUGAUGAUGCAAAGUACUUGAUAUACAUUGCAGGCUGGUCUUUCAAUCCAAAAAUGGUGCUGGUUCGUGAUCCUCAGACUGAUAUUCCAUAUGGACAUGGAGUAAAGCUUGGUGAGUUACUGAAGCGGAAAGCUGAGGAAGGUGUGGCUGUGAGAAUCAUGGUUUGGGAUGAUGAAACGUCACUGCCACUCAUCAAGAACGAAGGAGUCAUGAGUACACACGAUGAAGAGGCCUUUGCCUACUUCAAACAUACAAAAGUGGUAUGCAAAUUGUGUCCCAGGUUACACUUCAAGUUCCCAACACUCUUUGCUCAUCAUCAGAAGACCAUAACUGUAGACAGCCGGUCAUCGAUCUCCCCAAGUCAUCGAGAAAUCAUGAGCUUUGUUGGCGGUUUAGAUCUCUGCAAUGGUCGCUAUGAUACAGAAGAACACUCCUUGUUUAGGACCCUUAAUACAGAAUCCCAUUCUCAAGACUUCUACCAGACAAGCCUUAUUGGAGCCUGCCUUCAAAAAGGGGGGCCAAGGGAGCCAUGGCAUGAUGCUCAUGCUUGUAUUACUGGAGAAGCAGCCCGGGACGUGCUGACCAAUUUUGAGCAGCGAUGGAGUAAGCAAUGUAACCCCUCUUUGCUAGUCCCCAUUGGCACAAUAACAGAGCUUGCAAGCAUCCCCUCUGAAAGGGAUUGGAAAGUACAGGUUUAUCGCUCAAUUGACCAUGUGUCAGCAAGUCAUCUGCCAAGAAACUUUGCUGUGGAGCAAAGCAUCCAUGAAGCUUAUGUAGAAGCAAUUCGGCGGGCUGAGAGGUUUAUAUACAUCGAGAACCAGUACUUCAUUGGGGGCUGCCAUUUGUGGGAGAAAGACCAACAUGCUGGCUGCAGAAACUUAAUCCCUAUCGAGAUUGCACUUAAGGUGGCAAGCAAGAUCAGAGCCAAGGAAAGAUUUGCAGUGUAUAUCCUGAUACCAAUGUGGCCAGAAGGGGCACCAGAGAGUGAACCAGGUCAGGAUAUACUCCACUGGACUAGAGAAACAAUGGCCAUGAUGUAUAGGCUAAUUGGAGAAGCUAUAGACGAAAAUGGCGGUUCAGGGCACCCUAGAGAUUACUUGAACUUCUUCUGCCUUGCCAACAGAGAAGAGAAGGGCAAAGGGGAGUAUGCUUCUCCACAUCCUCCUCAUCCUGCAACACAGUACUGGAAUGCUCAGAAACAUAGGAGAUUCAUGGUCUAUGUCCAUUCCAAGCUGAUGAUAGUGGACGACACAUACAUAUUGAUAGGAUCUGCAAAUGUGAACCAGCGGUCCAUGGAUGGGCAGCGCGACACUGAGAUUGCAGUAGGCUGCUACCAGUCCAAAAAUGGUGAAAAUGAAAUGUGUCGUGGGGAUAUUCAUGCAUACAGAAUGUCACUGUGGUAUGAACAUACUGGUCUAGUUGAAGUAGUGUUCCAAGAGCCUCAAAGUCUGGAAUGCGUUGAGAGACUCCGUUUCAUUGGAGAGAAAAUGUGGGGAAUUUACAGUGCAGAAGAGGUAGAAGACAUGGAAGGUGUCCACCUAGUGACCUACCCCGUGACUGUAACAAAGGAUGGUUCUGUUGAGGAUCUUGCAGAAGGUGGCAACUUUCCAGACACAAACACUCCAAUAAGAGGGAGGAGAUCCAGAGUUCUACCACCUAUUUUCACCACAUAAAAACAUGAAGAUAUACCUGAAAAAAGAUGAAAUCCUUCAGUAACCAUUGUAUAGAACUUUCAGUACAUAUACAUUUGAUUCCUUGA